UGAAGUAAAUCGAAAACAAAGAAAUUUCCAACUCUUUGAAGAUUUUCCACUCACACCCUCUCGUACUCCAACAAUGUCCAACUCCAACGUCACCACCACCUUCCUAGCAAUAGCCGAAGCAGCAGCAACAAACAUCCCGCAAAACCCAACCCCUAUUUCCACUCACACCAUGGAUAUUAACAGUAGUGAUCAGCAACUACAAGACUUUGAAGAUUUUCUAAUUCUUGCUGCCGCUGAUCAUGAAGAAACUAAGGAAUCUACCGCCUCUUCUUGUCUCAAAGCGUCGACUACUUUUUCUCAAAACCCUUUCAUUUCAUCACAUGAUCAGAAUGAGAUGAUGACUAGCAGUUCAGUCAAUGAUAGCUGCUGGGAGCAGGUUCCAAGAAGUAGCUCUGCUGAUUAUAAUAUGGAACCAAAUGAUGAUAAAAAGACAAUGGAAAGGGAUGAUGACGUGGGGUUUAAAAUUGCUUUCCGAACCAAAUCUGAUAUUGAGAUAAUGGAUGAUGGGUACAAAUGGAGAAAAUAUGGGAAGAAGAUGGUUAAGAAUAGCCCGAAUCCAAGGAACUAUUACCGGUGCUCAAGCGGGGGAUGCAAGGUGAAGAAAAGGGUGGAAAGGGAAAGAGAUGAUCCGCGGUUUGUGAUAACAACUUACCAGGGGAAGCAUAACCAUGAAAGCCUUGCACCUGCUCCUGGUCACUGCACUUCACACUACGCCCUUCAAAUUCUUCAUCAGCCCUAGCCUUUCCUACAUAUAUUGAUCAUAUAAUAGACUACAGCAUAUUUGCUUCAAUCUAUCAUCAACUAAUUAAUGCAAAUAUGCUAAGGCUUUCAAUAUUGGA